GAGGAAACGUACAGAUUAGCUGAGCAAGCUUAACGAAAUUGAUGGUAGCUCGUCGGACUCAUCAGUCUCAGUCUCUCUCUCAGGCCGAGAGGCUGAGACAGCUUAAAUAUUGACGAAUUUAAAUCGUUUAGGUCUGUGCUGUGGUGGUGGACCGGUGGUUGUGGCCAAAUUACCCACUCAAUCCCGAGCCUUUCAUCGGUGCUCUGCGUCGUUUUUUCUCGUAGCCUUUUCAUCCAGAAGGCCACAACAGACCACCUUCUUCUCUGUUCCUGCGGGUUGAUUUUUGAAUUGUUCGGAGAUUACAUCACAGUGGUUUUAGUUUCGAGUACGAGCUUUCAUGGAUUCUCAGGUUAUGAUCGCUCUUGCUCUCUCCCUCGUUGGUGGAUUAAGCACGUCGAUAGGUGCACUCUUUGUAAUUAUUAAUCAGGCUCCCAAUAUGAAGAUUCUUGGGAUUUUACAGGGUUUUGCUGCAGGUCUUAUGCUAUGCAUAUCUUUCUUAGAUUUGGCACAUAAUGCUCUGAACUCCAUUGGCUUCUUGAAAGGAAAUCUUUGGUUCUUUGCAGGUGUAAUUUUCUUUGCUGUUAUUGUCAGUUUCAUCCCUGAACCAACAUUGGCUCCUGUAGAUGUGAAAAGUAAAAAGAAAAGUGAUGAUGAAAGGGACAAGGAUCUAAUGAAAAAGCACCGCCGCCAAGUUUUACUGAGUGGAGUUAUCACAGCAAUUGGAAUAAGCUUGCACAAUUUUCCUGAGGGAAUGGCAGUAUUUCUUGGAUCUAUCAAGGGACUCAGGGUUGGUCUCAACUUGGCCUUGGCUAUUGCUUUGCACAACAUCCCAGAGGGUGUGGCUGUAGCACUACCUAUCUAUUUUGCAACACAGAGCAAAUGGCAGGCAUUCAAACUGGCAACCCUAUCUGGAUUUGCUGAACCCAUGGGGGUGGUUAUUGUAGCAUACCUAUUCCCUAUCAGUCUAAGCCCUGAAAUUCUUGAAGGAUUGCUUGGAGCAGUUGGUGGAGUAAUGGCUUUUCUUACCUUGCAUGAAAUGCUACCCUUGUCAUUUGAUUAUGCGGGGCAGAAGCAAGCUGUCAAGUCUGUUUUCUUUGGAAUGGCUUUCAUGUCUGCAAGUUUAUAUCUUCUUGAAAUAAGUUUGCCGAAGGAGAUUAACUUGUAACUGUACUGGAUGAGGACUGAAGAAUGUCUGUGCAUUCCAAGAUAACCAACCUAGGCUCUUCAUAUGUUCAUUGCUUUUAUUUACUUGAUAGCCAACAAGUUGUCUAGCAUACAUCAUCAGCUUCUUCUGAAGGAAGGCAUGUUUUAUCAUCUGCAGAAUGGAAAUAGUCACAAAAGAAAAAAAGGAAACAGAAAAGGGAAGGAAAAAAAAAGAGGUUCAUGUGUUAUAUUCUCCACAUAUCUGGUUCUAUUUCCUCCCUUGAGUGCCUAUUCAAAAUAUAUUCACAUCGUUGUCAUGACUCAAAAUUGUUGUAAUAAAAUCGCCAGUGAGAAGCAUUUUGCUUUCGAUAUGGAAUCAAUAUCCACUGAUGGAAGUGGUUGUAACCGAGAAAGCUUGGGGCCCAUUCAGUGUCCAGAGAAAUGCAGAGUUGUCCAGCAGAAAGUAUUAGAACCUGCAGGACAGUUUAUUUGAUUAAUGGAUGACUGGUAAACAGGGUGUCUUUUUAGAAAUUCCGACAGUUGUUCUUUUUAGGUUGAUGGUUUACCUGAUUGCUGAGAGAUGCACUUAAAAAAAGGAGGAUCAGAACUUGGUGAUCUUAUCAACC